AUGCUUCUACCGAGGGACGAGCAGGGCGAGGUGAAGGAGGCACCGGGUGCACCUCCGGACGAAGCCGCAGGAGAGGCUCAGAAGGCCUGGGAUCCUCCAAGCCGAAAGGUUCCUGCAAAAGACGACGGUGCAGGAAAAGAUCCAGGCAAGGAGCCGGAGAACGCCGCGCCACCAGACGGCCACUGCAACGGGCCGACCAACGACAAAGACGAAGCGCGCAUGAUCAUGGACCUGAAGAAGAAUGCCUGGUACCGCUGCAACGAGAUGAUGCGCUGUGAACCCUGGGACAUUCGAAAGAUUGUCGAUGAAGAGAACCCCCAGUGCGGCAAGAAGAAGUGUGGACCAGAUGAGCAGUGCUUUGUCCACCGCGUCUCUGCGCUUCAGUCCACCUACCAGUGCGUCAAG